AUGAAUUUGCAAAAUAAUAUGACCACGUUGGAUCUUGAUAUGCUUACAAUCUUCCUUUUAUCGAUUUUAUUGAUCUCAUGCUUUUUAUUCGAUUGCAGCCACAAAGCAAGGCUAUUUCAAUUGUAUAUGGCUAUUCAAUCUUACUUUGUAGGACAUUCCCAGACAGUUUGGGAUCAUCUCAGUAAAGAAGAGUUUUCAGAAAAAAAAAUUGUUAUAGAGCACGAAAAACUGAAAAAGCAGAAACGUAAAACCAAGAAGCAUCUGAAUAUGAAAAUCAAUAUUGAUAAAUUCCUUUACACGUAAAAUCCUUCAUGAAAAUGCCCUAAAAUUGUAUAAAUGAGCAUUUUUUAAUUCAUUUUGUGCUAAUCAAUUAAUUUUUUUUUGUUGAAAAAGAGCUAAAAUCAACACAAACUUAAAUCCUUAUAUUGAAGAAAAUAAAACUGAAUUAAAUGCAUCAGCCAAAUUGAAAUCAGAUGAGGAGAAUGACUUGUCUGAUUUUGGCAAAAACUCAACUGCAGAGAAUUCACCGAGGAAUGAAGAUAGUGCAGUUGAUGAAAAGAAGUGCAAGAUAUUUAUCAAUGAAGAAGAGUUUUUUAUUGAUACCUAUAAGUCAGAAUUUGGACUUUUCAGUGGACCCUGCAUUGAAAGAAUCUCUAUAGAUGCGGCAAUGAAUGAUUUUCAAUAUCAAUGUGUCAAUUUCAAUUAA